AGACGUCUCUGCUCCACCGUCCCCUCGGUGGGUCAGGGCGUACCUUACCUCCCCUACUCUCAUUCCCAACUCUCUUUAGUUCUCUCUGCGCUGUCCUGUGCUUCUCAACCCUUUCAUCCCCCCUCCCCCGGUCCUCUCCUCUACGGUGGAUUCAUGCUCAGCUCUCGCCCUCCUCGGUCGCCAUGCAGAACAACCACCAAAAGGAGCAUCUCUAUAAGAUUCUUGUGAUAGGGGACCUCGGGGUCGGCAAGACCAGCAUCAUCAAGCGGUAUGUCCAUCACAACUUCAGCCCCAACUACCGAGCCACCAUCGGGGUGGACUUCGCGCUCAAAGUCCUCAACUGGGACCAGGAGACGGUUCGCCUGCAGCUGUGGGACAUUGCAGGUCAGGAGAGGUUUGGCAACAUGACCCGUGUGUACUACCGCGAGGCCAUGGGCGCCUUCAUUGUGUUUGACGUCACGAGGCCCGCCUCCUUUGAGGCCGUCACCAAAUGGAAGGAGGACUUGGAUUCCAAACUGACACUUGCCAAUGGGAAACAUGUAGCCACUGUGCUUUUGGCUAAUAAAUGUGACCAGGGUCAGGACGUUCUGACCAAUAAUGGAAUAAAGAUGGAGCAGUUCUGCCAGGAGAACGGCUUUGUGGGAUGGUUCGAGACGUCUGCUAAGGAGAACAUCAAUAUCGAUGAAGCAGCUAACUGCUUGGUGAAACACAUCAUCGCCAGUGAGAAUGACAUGCUCCAAUCAGAAGUCCCCGACACCAUCACCCCCCAGUUAGAGAAGGACAAAGGCGGGACAUGCUCCUCUUGCUUCAGAUCCCAGUAACAGCUCCUGACAGUUGGACGUCCUUUUGUAUCUUGUUAUGUGCAAAGUCGAGUUUGUCUGUGAGCAGGAGACCUACUUUGGCUGUUUUUUAAGAAGCAUGUAUGGGUGCCAACUCUUUUCCUGUCUGGUAGCUCGGGUGGAGGUGGGGAGGGGGGGUAUGUAUGACAGAGAGGCAUCUGGCUCAAGAAAUGGAUGGACUGAAUCAGAGACAGAAAGAGAGAUGGAUGCAGCUGUGUGCGCUUGUCAAUGGCAAGGUCACCCUCUGGGCGAUUUCAAGCCUUGACUUCAGUUACCAUGGAGCGCAGUUAAUGAACACAUGCACAGAAAAAUUGUAGCAAAUCACAGUGUAUCUGUACUAAAGGUCCAUGGAGGUAAUCUCUAUUUACAAACCAUGUUAGUUGUCUCUCUUUCUCCCUCCUUCUCCUUCUCUUCCUUUCCUGGUCCCUUCUUUUCUUUGUGUCUUUUUUCUUUUUUCCCCCUGUGUCUGAGUUUGUCUUAUUUCUUCCUCCACGCCCCUCCCUGACAGCAUUUUUAGUUUUUCACAUGUCAUUCUGGGUUGAUAACAGGCAAAAAGAGCACAUUUAUAUCUCGUAAUUCAAUGGUUUUAUAUUAAAUUUAUAUUCCACUGUUCAAUAUUUGUAAUAUUUGUAAUUAUGAGAUAAAUGCAUAUACAUAUAUAUACAAACAUGUACAUAUUAUAUGCAGUUUAAUGAGACAGAUUAGAGAACCAAAGAUGCAUCCAGUUUUCAACAUGUUCAUAUGAAUAAACCAUAGCUUUACUGA